AUAUUGGGUGUCGGACCAGGCGUCGAUUAGUUGUCGAACCGAAUCGCGACCCAAGUGGCCUGCGAAAGACUUAAACCUAUUUCUAGUUCCGGGGCCGUCGUGAAAACACAAAUGUUUUCUCUGCGAGUGGCAUUCUUUCUGGCAGCCUGCCUGUCCUUGACGGCUGCAGACACCCGUCCGUUGAUCCUGGAUGAAGUUCAGCCCCCGGUCACUUUAGCCACCGAGCUGGCCGACUACCGACUGGCCAGCCACAUCCUUCCCGUCAGCUACAACAUCACGCUACGCCCGUACCUUUUGGAGUCCGAUGGCCUCAAACGCUUCACCUUCGACGGUGAGGUACACAUCGAAGUGGUUCCGACUGAGAUCACCAACUCGGUGCACCUCCACGCCAAGAACCUCACUUUCUCGGUAAGCGAGUACUGGGCCAAACCCGCUCAGGGAGUGGCUACUCCGGCCGGGACAAACUUCAAUGCCGCCAACGAGACCAAUCCGGACACGGAUAUUGUGAAGCUGACCACGGCGGCUAAUUUGGCGGCGAAUACUCCGUACAUCCUGCAUUUCGUUUACACGGGUCUAAUGGAGGACGACAUGCAUGGGUUCUACAAGAGCUACUACGUGGAUGACAACAAUGUUACCAAAUGGCUGGGAUCCACCCAGUUCCAGACCAACCACGCCCGUCGCGCCUUCCCCAGCUUCGAUGAGCCCAAGUUCAAGGCCACCUUCAACAUCACCCUAAAGCGCUACAGGACCUUCAACUCGGUCAGUAACACGCGUCUGAUUGGAUCCUACCCUAGCACUGAAGCUGGCUAUUUCGAGGAUGUGUUUGCGACCACGCCCAUUAUGUCCACCUACCUGGUGGCCUUCAUCAUUUCCGAGUUUGCCGCUCGCACGGACGACAAGUUCCGCGUAUUGGCCCGCCCCGAGUACUAUGCCCAGACCCAGUAUCCCUACAAUGUUGGUAUCGAGAUCCUGCAGAAGAUGGGCGAGUACCUGAAUUUGGACUACUACACUCUUGGAAAUGACAAAAUGGACAUGGCAGCUAUCCCCGACUUCUCGGCCGGUGCCAUGGAGAACUGGGGUCUUCUGACCUACAGGGAACGCAGUCUGCUGGUGGAUGAGUCCGCCACUACCCUGGCCUCCCGCCAGGCGAUCGCCGCCGUGGUGGCUCAUGAACAGGCCCACAUGUGGUUCGGCGACCUGGUCACCUGCGAGUGGUGGAGCUACACAUGGCUUAACGAGGGAUUCGCACGGUACUUCCAGUACUUUGGCACCGCUAUGGCGGAGGACAAGUGGGAGCUGGAGAACCAGUUCGUUGUAGACCAGAUCCAGUCUGUUAUGGCCAUGGAUUCGACGAAUGCCACCAACCCGCUGACCGACCCAAAUACCUACACCCCCGCCCACCUGAGCCGCAUGUUCAACAGCAUCUCCUACAAUAAGGGCGCCACAUUCAUCCGGAUGAUCAAGCACACCAUGGGAGAGGCUGAGUUCCGAUUGGCGCUGCAGAACUAUCUUGUCAAGAACUCUUAUAAGCCAUCGCUUCCUGAGUACCUUCUGGCGGAAUGGCAGAACACCUGGCCCAACUCCAGCUAUAAUGAAAGUUCCAAGGACAUCUUCGAAAGCUUCACCACCCAGGUGGGCUAUCCCCUGAUCAAGGUGGAACAGAAUGGAGACGUCAUCCGCUUCUCCCAGCAGCGGUUCCUCCUGAAGGAGAACGACGGCUCAAACGCCAGUCUGACCUACACUGUGCCCAUUUCUUACACCACAGAUUUGGCGCCCCAAUUCACAAAUGUCACUCCGAAGUUUAUCCUGCGCAGCAGUGCUGCAAUGAAUGUGAAUUUUGUCCAGGCUCCUAAAUGGAUUAUUCUGAACUUACAGCAAACAGGUUAUUACCGAGUAAACUAUACGGAAUCCCUCUGGCAUGCUAUUCAUAGUCAGUUGGCCAGCGCCAACUGGGGCGGAAUACACGAGAACAACCGAGCCCAAGUAGUGGACGAUCUCUUCAACCUAGCCAGAGCUGGACUCCUGUCCUACAACCUUACACUGGAUGUGAUCGAGUACCUGGAGACGGAGACCCAUUACAUUCCCUGGACAUCCGCCUUCAACGGUUUCAGCUUCCUGACCAUCCGCCUGGGCAACGACACCGCCAACUUCAAUAGCUACAUCCAAGCGCUUACACAGAAGGCCUACAACAAGCUAGGGUUUAAUGAGACGGAGUCGGAUACUGCCUUGGACAUCUACCUGCGCACCAAGGUUCUAUCCUGGGCCUGCCGCUACGGCAGUGCCGACUGCAUCAACCGGGCCAAGACCUACUUCCAGUCCCUGUCAACCGUGCCCAAGAACAUCCGAGCCACAGUGUACUGUGUGGGUCUGCGCGAGGGCGGUUCCACCGAGUUCGAGGCUCUAUACAACAAGUUUAAGGUCGAGACCGUGGCCACCGAGGAGACCCUGCUGCAGAACUCGUUCGGCUGUGUGAAGACCCAGGCCCUAAUUGAGCGAGUGUUCAACCUGAUCCUUAGUGACGAAAUCCGUCGCCAGGACAAGUCCUCAGUGCUGGCCACUCUCUACACUGAGAACAACGAGAAUGUGAGCCCGGUGUUUGCCUUGGUCACCCAGAAGUUCGAGGAACUGGCUGAAGCAAUGGGCGGAUACUCCGCAGUGGCGACUGUCAUCUCCAACAUCGCCGCCCGCUUCACCACCGAACAGCAGUACGCCGAUCUCCAGAACUUCAACAAGAAUAGUGGAUCCAAAUUCGGAUCCUCCCAGGCCACUCUCACUGCGGCAGAAGCCACCGUGUCCGAGAAUCUACAAUGGGCGCAGGCCAAGCUGGGUGUGUUCCGCAGCUACCUGGCUGGACGCAACGGAGGCGCCAUGGCCAGUGCCCUGAGUGGGCUGAGCCUUCUCCUGGUGGCCCUGGCUACCAUCCUGCGCCACUAAGCAGAAGUGAAGAUUAGGUGCAAUCGGGUCACGCGGGCCCAUAAAGUAUUUGUACCUCGUAAAAUAAAAAACUAUAAAAACGUA